GCAGUUUGUAGCUGAGACUCCGGACAGACCCGGUGGUUUCGGAGUGUCAGUGGGUAGGUUUGAGGGAGCGCAGUGACCCAGUGACAGGCGGACUUACUCGGGACAAACGCACCUCACCUGCAAGGAGGAAUAUCUCUCCCUCUCCCAGUUCCCUCUCAUUUUUUGGAAUAGUGCGCAACUGGCUGUGCUUUGAGGAUGGAGCGCGCACUGGACUGCGUUUGCUCCGCUGGGAUGUUUGUUCUCGGGGUUCUCUCGGUGCUCUGGACGGCACUGGAUGGAGUUUGGGGUUUUAACCUUCACGCAGAGCAUCCUACAGUUUACAGGGGAACCGAUGGAAGUUAUUUCGGUUACUCUGUGGACUUCUACCAAGCAACCACUGGCAGCAACACGAUCAGUGUGUUGGUGGGGGCGCCCAAGGCGAACACCUCCCAGCCCGGCAUCGUGGAGGCAGGAGCCGUCUACUACUGCCCCUGGCCUGGGCUGCCUGACAGCUGCAGACAAAUACCUUUUGACAAUUCCAAUAACAGAAUGAUGAAGGUAAAUGGCACCAGAGAGCCUAUUGAGUUUAAGUCACACCAGUGGUUUGGAGCAUCAGUCAGGACACACAAAGGAAAAGUGGUGGCAUGCGCUCCUCUCUACCACUGGCGGACAUUGAAGCUGAGUGGGGAGAAGGAACCUGUGGGGACUUGUUAUGUGGCUAUCCAGAACUUCAGCGCCUACACGGAGUACUCGCCCUGCAGGACCAGUAAUCCAGACCCAGAGGGACAGGGGUUCUGCCAGGCUGGCUUCAGUGUGGAUUUCACCAGGGAAGGAAGGCUGGUGGUAGGAGGACCUGGAAGCUUUUACUGGCAAGGUCAGGUGGUGACAGUAGGGAUAGCUGAGAUACUGAAUGGCUACUCUUUGAAGGCAAUGCUGAGGAAGGUUCCAGGAGAGAAACACACUCGAGCAGCUGAAGACACCCACGAUGACAGCUACCUUGGUUACUCUGUGGCAGUGGGAGAGUUUACAGGAGACUCUGAACAAGAGCUGAUAGCUGGAGUCCCCAGAGGAGCACAGAACUUUGGAUAUGUGGCAAUGAUCAACUCCACCAAUCUAACCUUCAUCCAGAACUUCACAGGGGAACAGGUCAAUGGCCUCUCCUCCUUUGGAUAUGAUGUGGCUGUGGCUGACCUGAACGGAGAUGGGACGGACGAUGUGCUGGUUGGAGCACCCCUCUAUAUGGAGAGAGAGAUGGAGAGCAAACCCAGGGAGGUGGGCAGGGUUUACUUGUACCUGCAAAUGGCCCCGCUCACUUUCUCCAAACCUGUUGCACUCACCGGAACACACACUUUUGGGCGCUUCGGCACAGCGAUUGCACCCCUGGGAGAUGUCAACCAAGAUGGAUAUAAUGACGUGGCAGUGGGCUGUCCUUUUGGCGGAGAGGAACAUGGAGGCAGAGUGUUGAUCUUUAAUGGUAACAGAGAUGUACUUAAGCAAAGCCUGACCCUGAGUCAAGAGCUGAAGGCAGCCUGGACCCCCAGUGGCAGCUUGCCUGGAUAUGGAUUCACUCUUAGAGGAGGCCAGGAUCUGGACAGCAACCAGUAUCCUGAUCUGAUCGUGGGGGCAUUCGGUGCAGGUGAAGUGUCUGUGUACAGGUCUCGAGCUGUAGUGUCUGUGGAAGCUGCAAUGACCCUGACUCCCAGAAUCCUGAACCCUGAUGACAGACAGUGUCACCUGCCUCAGACAGACAUUAUGGUUACCUGUUUGAAGGUUGAUGUGUGUGCAGCAGUGAGCGGUGUUGGGAUCCCCAGCUCUGUAGACCUGAGAGCGGAGCUGCAGCUGGACUGGCUAAAAGGCACCAGGGGCGGAGUUAAGAGAGUGCUCUUCCUGGACACCCAGCAGCCUCACCACACAGGGCUGCUAACACUGGGUCACAGUCGCCCACGUGCAUGUCUGAGCUACACCAUUUACCUGAGAGAGGAGGAUGAGUUCAGGGACAAACUGACCCCCAUCUCACUGGCUCUGAACUACAGUUUGGCUCCCCCUCCCCCCGGCCAAUACCUCCCGCCUGUCCUCAACCACUACAGCAGCACCUUUCUGCAAGAGCAUGCCUAUAUUCUCCUGGACUGUGGUGAUGACAAUAUCUGUGUCCCAGACCUCCAGCUUUCUGCCCACAUGGACCGCUCAGAGCUUGUGAUUGGAGAUGACAAUCUGGUCACGUUGACUAUCACUGCGGUGAACCGAGGAGAGGGAGCCUACGAGACAGAGCUCCACACACUGAUACCACCAGGGGCUGACUACAUAGGGGUGAAGCGCAGGGUGGAGUCCUUGUCUCAGCCAAACUGUGAGUACAAGAUGGUCAAUGAGUCUAGGAUGGUGCUGUGUGACCUGGGGAACCCGAUGGUAGCUGGGACAGAGUUGUCUGUCGGUUUGAGGUUUUCUGUCCAAAGGCUGGAAGAUGCCGGACCAAAAAUCAGCUUUGAGCUGCAAAUCCACAGCUCCAACAAGGAUAACUCCAAAAGCAACCCAGUCAGUUUGAGUCUGUCCAUUGUUGCCAAAGCUCAGCUUGAUUUACGUGGGGUGUCUCAUCCCUCGCAGGUGGUGCUGCCAUUCCCACACUGGGAGCCCAAAGAAAAGCCUGUCAAAGAGGAUGACGUGGGACCUCAAGUAACACAUAUCUAUGAGCUGCAUAACUCUGGUCCCAGCAGUAUUCAGGAGGCUGAGCUCCAGGUCGGCUGGCCUUACCGUUUCCAUGACGAGAACCUGCUGUACGCCAUGGAGAUUAAAACCGACGGUCCAAUUAGCUGCCGGACAAACACCAGCCUCAACCCACUUGGCCUUCAGAUCUCCACUCUCCAGGACACACCUGAAUUAUUAGGUUUCCUGAGGAACACCAGUGCUCCUCACCGCCACAGACGAGCUGUGACCACUGCUCAGAGUUCUAGUGGUAAAACCUUGAACUGCACUAAUAUCUCCUGUCUGAGGAUCAUGUGUGUAGUUGGACGGCUGGAUCAUGGGCAGAGCGCAGUGGUCAAAAUUCGAUCGAGGCUCUGGGUUCAUACUUUCCUCCCGCGGCGUAAUUACCCCUACAUUCUCAACUCCACGGUGUCUUUCAUGGUCACAGCCAUGCCUUACCGAAUCCAACCCCCCACCCUGCCUCAACACAGCACCUCGAUGGGGACCCUGGUGUUAUGGGGGACUCCAGACGUGUCAUUUGCUGUUCCACUCUGGGUCAUCAUCUUGGCCAUCCUGCUGGGGCUGCUGGUGCUGGCCAUGCUAACACUGGCCAUGUGGAAGUGUGGUUUCUUUGACCGGGCACAGCCACCAGCUAAAGAUGACGUCUCUGACCAAGAGCAGCUGACUUCGGAUCAAACAGGGGAUGCCUAAGAUGAUGUGCGACAGCUCCUGGAGGACUGUUGUUUAGGGAGGGAUGUGCACCUUCUGAUGAAUCAGAUCUGAGAUCUGUAGUUGCUGGGGGUCUUCUGCCUCUUUGUUGAUGACACUAACUGAAAGGACAAACUGAAGGCUGCAGUGCCACACAGACUGGGACCCGAAGAACAAGAUUCAAACGAGACAGACUGGGACCAAAACACAGUCAAGGUGCAAACAUGUCCAUUGUUUAUCCAUUGUGAUAAGGAACCAGAACUGAAGACAGAAUGGACUCUGUUGUGAAGACAUUUUUAUAACUGAACGUUUUUGUGUGUCUGUGUAAAUGAGGCACAAAGAGACUUGAGAUCUAUGCACAAGUGCUUUUGUGAGUAUCAGAGUAUGUGUUUUUGAGUUUGUGUGUGUAUGUAUGUGUAUGUGUGCAGGUACUGUACAUGUGUGUGUGUUUAUUAGGUGCCUCUUGUGUCAUCCUUUCUUUCAGUUACUGAAUUAUUUCACCACCUGAUUUAAUUUAUCCCAGUUCUCUUCAAACUGGGCUGUACACAGAUUUAUUACACACACACAUAAAAUGCAGCCAAAUGCCUAUACACAAAGGCACAAUGUUAAGGUGUAUAUUUAUGAAUGUAUGUGCAAUAUUUGGGCGUUGUGUGAUAGUGAAGCUUGUUUACACUGGCAUUAUUUUAUUAGAGCUUAAUGUUUCGGUUGUUUAUGUAUAUAAGUGAUUAAUUGAUUUAUUAGCUAUUAGUAUUACUGAACAACAAAAGCAAUUGUUUAUACUGAUUUAAACCACCACAUAACAUUUAAAAAACAGUGAGGAGACAUAUGACAAAUAAGUUAUUAGUGUCUUGAUAGAAUGACUAUAGAAUAUUUCUUUUGAGGAAACAGAUGACAUCUCCACAGCUGCAGUCCUCCUCUGCUAGUUCUACUAUAGCAAAACACAUUGAAGACAGACUGAGACUGUGUACAUUACUGCACAGAAGAGUUUUGUUAAUGUUGUCAUUUUUUAAAUCUUGUGAUAAUGUGCAAUGCACAGGGAGGCAGAGCAGUAAUCAGGAUAUCAGCAGCACCCUACAUUUCAUAUGCCAUGUUUUGGCAGUGGUGUUUGAUUAUUCAUUGUCGUAGUUUUUGGUAUAUUAGGUAAUUGAUGAUGAAGUUAGAGUGAACUCUAAGAUUUUUUGCAAAAAGAGCACAAAAAAGAUAAAUAGGAAAUGAAAAAC